UUAUGGAGUAUUUAAGAAGAGCAUUGGAAGAGUUUGAUCCUAGGUUACUCAAACGCUCAAAGCUGGUGGAAGUUGAAGGAACUUCUUUACUUGAUAGUACUGCUGCAAACCUGGAGCUCUUAAGGAAUUUUAAAGCCCAGCCUGAUGACCUUCUAAUUUGCACUUAUCCCAAAGCAGGGACUACCUGGGUGCAAGAAAUAGUGGACAUGGUGCAGCAUGGAGGAGACAAACAGAAAUGUGCAAGGGCUCCCAUAUAUGAACGGAUUCCCUUCAUAGAUUUGUUUCCUAUGAAACCCAUAUCUUCGGGUUUGGAAAUGGCAGAAGCAAUGCCUUCCCCGCGCACUCUGAAAUCUCACCUUCCAGUCCAGCUUCUACCACCUUCCUUCUGGGAACAGAAUUGCAAGGGACAGUCUUGUCUGAGAUGUUUUCUCAAUAAGAGUUCUGGUCCAAACUCAUAUAUCUUUUAUCUGACCAAUAUCUUGAUAGAAGAUCUUCCUCCUAUCUUCAAGGUCAUUCCUUCUGCCUAUUACAUGGUGAA